AUGGCCCCUUCGAUCGCCGACAAGGAAACAGUCGGGGCCAACUUUGGUCCAGAAGACGCAAUUUUCCCAGAGCCUAAGCAUACAUUGAACAGAGAUUCAAUACCCGCGCUUCAGUCGUCGAGCAACGAGAAACCGGAAUCUGUGUUUCAAAACGGCCAUCACCGUCAUCUCAAUGGACAAAAUGUCAAGUAUCAGAUCCGGGAGAGCCCCAUGGGGACCCGACGCAAGUUGAAAGUUAUUUUCCUCGGCAUGGGCUGCAGCGGAAUUAACUUCGCCCAUCAGCUUCGUCAACAAAUGCAAGAUGUCGAACUGGUCAUCUACGAGAAGAAUCACGACAUCGGUGGGACAUGGCUGGAGAAUAGGUAUCCCGGGUGCGCAUGUGACAUCCCCAGUGUCUGCUACCAGUACAGCUGGGCGAAAUCGCCCAACUGGGAGCGAUACUACUCGAGUUCGAAGCAGAUCUACGAGUACUUCCGCAAGGUGGCCGAGGACUACGAUGUGCUCAAAUAUGCGCGGCUCAAUCAUAGGAUUGUCGAGGCCGAGUGGCUCGAGAGCCAGGGCCAGUGGAAGGUCAAGGUGCAGCGCAACAAUGACCCGUCCGACACGAUUGUGGACUACAGCGACUUUUUCCUCCACGGCGGCGGCGUGCUCAACAACUGGAGAUGGCCACAAAUCAAAGGAUUGAAGGAAUUUCAGGGCCAUCUUCUGCACACUGCACGCUGGGAUGAGACUCUAGACGUACGCAACAAGAAAGUUCUGGUGAUCGGGGCCGGCAGCUCCAGUGUGCAGGUGGUGCCGACCAUUGUCGACGAGGUCGACCAGUUGUACGUCGUGGCACGGUCGCCUAUCUGGGUCACGGCCGGGUUCGCACCUACGUAUGCUGGGCCGAACGGGGAGAACUUCCACUAUUCUAAAGAGACGCAGCAAAAGUUCAGAGACGACCCGGAGUUCUAUCUAUCGUAUUGUAAGGCCAUCGAGUCAGAGUUGAACGUGCGGUUUAAAUUCUACAUCAAUGGCUCUGACGACGCGCGAGAAGCCCGAGAGUACUCGACACGGGAGAUGCAGCGCAAGCUUAUGCAGAAGCCCGAGCUUAUGGACAAACUGAUCCCGAACAACUUUGGCGUAGGAUGCCGCCGCCCAACUCCUGGCAACGGGUUUCUCGAGACAUUGACGCUGGAUAAGACGACGGUCCUAACGAAAGAGAUCCAGGAAGUCACUCGUACGGGCUUUGUCGACAACCAGGGCAACGCUCAUGACGUCGAUGUGAUUAUCUGCGCCACAGGGUUCGACACGAGCUUCCGCCCGACGUUCCCGGUCAUCGUGGAGGGGAAGAACCUACAGGACAGGUUCGCGGACGGGGUCGACGUCGUCGGAUACCUGGGCCUCUCGGUGCCGGAUGUGCCUAACUACUUCAUCUUCAUUGGGCCGUACGGCCCUCUGGGCCACGGCUCCGUGAUCCCCAUGGUCGAGGCGUACACCAACUACAUCGUCCAGGUACUGCAAAAGGUGCAGGCUGAGGACAUCAAGAGCGUGCGCGUCAAUGGGUCCGUGGCCGAGGCCUUUACCCGCCACGCCGACCUGUACCUCAAGCGCACCGCCUGGUCGGGUCCUUGUAGCUCCUGGUUCAAGAACGGCGACUCCAGCCGCAAGCCGCUCUGCUGGCCCGGCUCGCGUGUUCAUUACCUCACCGUGCUGCAAAAGCCUCGCUUCGAAGAUUUUGAUAUCGACUAUCUAUCCCAAAAUCGCUUCAACUUCCUGGGUAACGGCUUUGACACCCGCGAGUUCGACGGCCGCGACAUUACAUGGUACUAUGGUCUGCUGAACAACGAGGACAAGCAGCCUCGGUCGUUCCCGGACCCCGUCUACUGA